UUGUGAGAAGAAGUCAGUAUACAUUUGUAGUGCUCGUGGACUUUGCUUUUGUUCUUUCCUUCCUCUUUCACAAUUAACGCUCGAGAUAAUGGCCAUCGCCGCCGCCAUAACGCUGCCGUACGUAGCCGUUAGCCGCCGCUCGAUUUGUUCUCACCGUCCAACUUCUUCCUCCUUGUUUCAGUUCCCUACUUCGCGGAUUCAGCAAACAUUUAUUUCUAAACCUAGCGCCGUUCGUGCUGCGACGAAUUUUGGUUGCCGGAUCUCGUCUUCCAUGAGCAUUCAGGCUCCGGAAGAGAGCCCGAGUACGUCUUUUCUCGAUCAUAAAGAGAGUGGAAUUCUUCAUUUCGUCAAAUACCAUGGCCUCGGCAACGAUUUCAUACUGGUGGACAACAGGGAAUCGCUGAAUCCGAAAGUCACUCCCGAUCAAGCAGUGAAAUUGUGCGAUAGGAACUUCGGCAUUGGAGCAGAUGGAGUGAUUUUUGCCAUGCCAGGCACCAACGGAACGGAUUACACCAUGAGGAUCUUCAAUUCUGAUGGCAGUGAGCCUGAGAUGUGUGGCAAUGGAGUUCGAUGCUUUGCAAGAUUCAUUGCAGAGCUCGAGCAUUUGAAUGGUACGCAGAGCUUCAAAGUGCAUACGGGGGCUGGUUUAAUUGUUCCCGAGAUUCAAGAGGAUGGAAAGGUCAGAGUUGACAUGGGCGAGCCGAUUCUGAAGGCACCGGACGUCCCUACAAAAUUACCUCCGAAUAAAGAUCAAUCUGCUGUCAAGGCGAAAUUAGACGUGGACGGACUAAUCUGGAACGUGACUUGUGUAAGCAUGGGGAAUCCACAUUGUGUCACUUUCGGGACAGAGUCGAGCAAGGGUUUGAUUGUCGAUGAUUUGAAAUUAAAUGAAAUUGGCCCUAAGUUCGAACAUCAUGCGAUGUUCCCUGCUCGAACAAACACAGAAUUCGUGCAAGUCUUCUCCCCAAGUCACCUAAAGAUGCGCGUUUGGGAACGCGGCGCAGGUGCAACUUUAGCCUGUGGAACCGGGGCUUGUGCUGUCGUCGUUGCUGCAGUGCUCGAAGGUCGGGCCGAGCGAAAAUGCACAGUCGAAUUGCCGGGAGGGCCUUUAGACAUUGAAUGGAGAGAAGCCGACAACCAUGUCUACAUGACGGGACCGGCAGAAGUUGUGUUUUACGGCUCGGUUCCUCUCUGAUCGAUCAUCGACUACGACGAUUUCGAAGAUAUUGUUAAGCCGUAUGGCAAUGCAGGUUUAGCCUUGUUUUUUCUUUUUUUUUUGUUGUCUUGCUGGGGUGAAGCUGAUCUGCCAAUUGGUACUUUCUUAGCCCUGUAGUUUGUAAUAUAGAGUGAUUUUGACCGUUGGGUCACUCAAUAAUUUGAAAUAUUUUGGUUUCAUUUA